CUUCGUCUCAGCCAACCCCAAAAUGACUUCCCCUCCCUCCUCCUCCUCCUCCUCCCCUUCGUCCAACAACAAAGCCGUUAGCCUGCGCGCGGGUGGAGGGAAGGUGGGCCUUCCCUGAGAGCCCGCUUCUCUCUUCCCCCCCGCCUGCUACCUUUACCACCACCACCAACAACCUCUACAUGAGGAAGCUCUGCCCCAAUUUGGACCGCGAGGAUGGCCUCGAUACCGUGCUCGAGGUGCCCAUCCCCGAGGAGAUGUUCGCCGGCACGGGCACCAAGUCGCAGAACAUGAGGAACUGGCUCAAGGCCCAGCCCUUUGACAAAGCUACCGAGGCUCCGGCCCCGCUCACAGGCCGCAGCGCCGAGCUGCAGCUCCUUCUCAAUGUUGUCGGCUCCCCCCUCAUCCCUUGCCCCGUGCCCAACGACCUCGCAUUCGGCCGCUCCAUCCGCGACUGCUCCAUCCAAGCGUCGACGGCCAAAUACAUCAUCCAACAAUACAUCGCCGCGACGGGAGGGCAGGCGGCGCUGAUGUCGGUGAACAGCAUGUAUGCCGUGGGGAAGGUGAAGAUGAGCGCCUCGGAAUUCCACGUAGGCGACGGGAGUGUGCAAGCUCAAGCAAAAGGGAAUGGCGAGAUUGGAGGGUACGUUUUGUGGCAGAAGAACCCUGAUCUUUGGUACUUCGAGCUCAUCAUGGGUGGCAGCAAGAUGAGCGCUGGGAGCGACGGAAAGGUGGCGUGGAGGCAGUCGGCUUCCGAACAAUCGCAUGCCUCCAGGGGCCCUCCACGGCCGCUGCGUCGAUCACUGCAGGGACUAGACCCGAGGUCCACCGCCAACCUCUUCUCAGAAGCGGUGUGCAUCGGCGAGAAGGUCAUCAAUGGCGAGGAGUGCUUCAUCCUGAAGCUAGAAGCGAACCCUGCAACCCUGAGGGCACGCAGCGCCGCCACCUUCGAAAUCAUCCACCACACCAUCUGGGGCUACUUCAGCCAGCGCACUGGCCUCCUCAUCCAGCUUGAGGACUCCCACCUCCUCCGCAUGAAGUCCGGCCGCCGCGGGGAGAGCAUCUUCUGGGAGACCAGCAUGGAGUCGGCGAUCGAGGACUACCGCUACAUCAACGGCAUCAACGUUGCACAUGCCGGCAGGACUGGCGUCACGCUGUUCCGCUAUGGCGAGGGCUCGGUGAACCACAAGAGGAAGAUGGAGGAGAUUUGGACCAUCGAGGAAGUGGACUUCAACCUAUGGGGGCUGUCCAUGGAGGUCUUCCUACCGCCAGCCGACCUCAAGAGGGAGCAAGACAAUGAAGACAACCUUGCGAGAUGAUCAUACCUCUGCCUUCUUCUUCUUCUUCUUCUUCCAUGUUUUUGUUAGACAUGCUGUUGUUGUAUCUUUCCUUGUCUUUCCUUUACUAUUUGGGGAUCUUUGAGGAAGGCAGAGGUUUUGAAGAGAAUGACUAUGGGAAGUAGAUAGGAUUCUGUUUGUGAAAUGGGGGAGAGGAAGAUACCACCAGCAUUGAAGCCCAUUGGUCUUCUUAGUAAGAAAAGCCCAUUAGUCACAAAACCACAACAACUGGAUUCCCAUUUCACUGUUUGGGACUUUUAGACCUGAGUUGAAAUUCUUUACAAUGGGGCCCAUGAGUUCUUUCAAGUUCUUUUAAGAUUUUGUGCAGAUGAUGGGCGUCAGAGAUUCCUUGGAGAAUAUUUUCCUUUUGGAACUCCUUUCAAGAAAAAAUUGUUCUGCACUUAACUACAAUUCUAUUACAGGUCAUAAAUUUGCAGCUAAA